UUUAAGUGACCAAAUGUGGAAUGAAUUAGCAAUUCAAGUGACCAUACCAUACAUGGAAUAAUUGAGCACUACACUAGCUACACAUCAACAGAUUACAACACCUACAACUACACAGACGACUUAUCACUUUCCUAUCCAAAACAGAAAAAAUACAAUAGCUCCUAAAAUGAUGAACGACACCAUUUUCCGAUCAAACUUGGACACCUCCUUGUUUUGCCUCUUCUCUAGCUCCCGAAUUCGACGAUGAAAAUUUAGCAACACAUUUCUCAUAUGCUCAUCAAGGGCUGGGUCAAGCCAUCUGAAGUAGUUACAUGCUCCAUUUGUCUACACACCAUCGACAGAAAAAAUAGAAGGAUGAAAAAGGCGGCAUAAUAGUCGAAUUGUAACACUAAAAAGGAAACAAUGGUGGAUGAACCUUACCCCAUAUCUGCUGCAUCCAUAAAACCUUCUUCCUGGAUUCGCCUCAGUCCAGCUCGUCUUUAGAUCUGUUGGCUCUCCACAGUGACAGAAGGGAGCCGCCAUUGGUAGAGGUGAAGUGAGAGGAGGAGGAAAGGAGGAGAUGGAUGGGGAUGAGGCGAUUCUCGCAAAGAGGAAGAGAACAGAUGGUUAGGGAUUCAUUUCUGAGGGGGUAGACUUAUAUGAGAGGGCUGGAUUAAGGCUGAGUUGGGUCUCGGGUCUGGGUUUAGGGUGAAUCAAUUGGGUUGGUUCUUGGGUUGGGCAAGUAAGGCUGAGUUGGCGGGUAAGGCUGAGUUGGCGGGUCGGGUCGGGUCGGGUCGUCUUUUUUUAAUGUUUAAAUGUGCUGACUGUGUCUUUCCGUCAGCCACGUCAUCACUUAACGGCCGUCAUUAACGGAGUCUAACGGAGGUUAACGGAGAGUGACUGAACUUGGACUGUUGAACUAAUUCAAGUGACUAUAAAUGGAAUAAAUCAAUUCGGGUGGCAAACGUGAAAUUUUUAAGCAAUUCGGAUGACCAAACUUGCAAUUAAGCCCAAAAAAAAUAGCUAAAUGGGACAGCGAAAGCUCACGGCAGAAGCAUGAACCAUUACAAAUUUAGUAUAAACAAAAGGGAAAAUAAGGGCGGUGGUGUCAGUUUUGAGCAAGUGGGUUCUUUUUCUUUCCACCUCUUAUAAGUUUACCAUUAGUAGCUGUCUCCAAUCCAUAGUUAAGGUUUGGGUGUCUUGCUUGAUCUCUGUUGCCGAUUGAGGAAGCAACCCAGAUCACUUGGUCUCGAAUCACACCUAUCUUUCCCCUCCACUCUCUUUCCAUGAAAUUUUAAAUGGGACAGCAGCAACAUAAACCAUCUCUCAAGCAAUUGCUCAGCUCGGCAUGCUACCUUAAUGCCAAAAAAUGAAACAAAAAUUGCUCACAGCAGCAACACAGUCACAAACACUUACCGGUGCAGGGGAGGGCAGCAGGGGUCGGUGCAGCAGGGGUCGGCGCAGAGGAGAGGCAGUCACCAGGGAAGGGAGACCUCACCAGGGCACUCGCCGGCAGGGGCUCGCCCAAAUCGAAGGGCAAUGGCGACAGGGAACGGCGCUGGGGAAGAUGGCCAUGGCGACGGGGCACUGACGACGAAGACGGCGAUUUGGACUGGUGCUGGGGAAGACGACGAUGGAGACGGGGAACGGCUGGGGAAGACGGCGAUGGAGACCGGGAACGGCGCUGGGAUUUGGAGUUCGGACUGGAAGCGGCGCUUCCUUGUCUCCACGAAGAAGAUGGACAAAUUGAAUUAGGGUUGAGACUUCAGACAGCCCGACCCACCUUCCCCUUUCAUUUUCGUUUUUAAGUUUUCAAAUUUUAUUUUUUUAAUUUAACCAACCGGCCCAAUGUGAAAAACCGGACGACCGGCUCGAGCAGCUCGAGCGGUUAACCGCUUCGACCGCUCGCCGGCUGCUACAGAGAACCAGUCCGGCUAAAUAGCUAAUCCGAGCCGAUUUUGUGCCCGGUUGACGGUUUUGGCGGUUCGGCCGGCCGCCUCGGCUCGGCUUUCACAGCACUGGUUUUGAGGCAAGAGCCUCAUUACUGCGUAGCAAGAGGCCACAUUAAUUGGAAGAUAUACACCGGUGCCCUAGGUCAGAGUAGGGGAGAAGCCUAGACAUCGAGGAGGCAGAGUAGGGAGAGAAUGAGAAGAGUAAUGGUGGGGUGCAUGAUAGACCCGAAUUAAUGUGUUUUUUAUUGAUAGAUUGUGAAAUUGAACAUGUAAAUUAUAUUUGAGGAAUGUGUGUAAUUGUGCACGAUUUUAUGAUUGUGAUAAUUUAUGCAUUUAUUAAGUUAUAUAUGCAUGAUGAAAUGUGAAGUUAAGGUCGUGAAGGCCUAUUGUCAUGAUUAUAUUAGUUUUCAUACUAGAUUACGACUUACUCAUUAAGGUGACAUCUCACUCUCAUCAAAUUUUGUCCUCAUAUUAUAAGAAGAAGUAGUAGUAGUUGGGACAAGGAGAGCUCCAAGACUAUCAUUAUGAGGCGGGAUUUUUUAUUGAUUUUGACAAUUGGAUGUCUCUAUGAAUGAAGAAAGGGUGAUUUAGAUCGGGAGUAAUCUCUAUUGAUAAGGAAAAUAUGGGGGGGGGGGGGACAAAGGUAAGAUAGAUGCCUACAUUAAAUCACUUGAUUCGUCAUGAUCAAGAAGAAUAACGGCUCGACGGUUGUAGAAAGAUAGGUUGUCUUUGCUCUUUCCCUGAGUCAUGUCCUAAGGGGCGGAAGACUUGGAUAUCCAUAUAUACAUUUUAAGGUUUCUGGAAAUGAAAGAAGUUUUUUUCGGGAAAGUUUGAUAACAACGUUGUGUUUUAUGAUAUGUUUUAACCGGUUUAUAAACCUUGUACUGUUUUACGUAAAGUAAAUUGGUGUAUUAUAUGUAAAUGUGAAGGGUGUUACAGAUAAAGGCUCAUAAUUCUUAUCCGCCAAAGGAAACGAGGCAUUUUACUAUUUUUGGAAAUUUCGGGUGCAAGCUUAAAUCAAGAUUGAGUGGUUAGAUGAUGUAUAUUGGUUGAUUCUGGGUGUGGCAAAUACAAAGAAUCCUAGUGGUAAUUUGGGUUUACAUCAAUCAUCCAUUGGAGCUUUUCCGGAGGCUCAAAUUAAGAAAAAUGUUUUGACUGC